UGUCUGAAAGAGGAUAAGAUUUACAAAUCCUUCAAGGAGACCUACAAGAUCGUAUCCUUCACGAUGUCAGUCGGUAUGAUCUAUCCGAAUCCAAAAAACAUCAAACUUCGCAUUACCGUCAUCUUGUUCGUGUUGCUGAGCACAGCGCCACUAUGUUUCAUGAUAUUGGUAGACAUUUACAACUCGUUCUGGAGACGGGAUAUUUUCAACAUCAUAAGACAUAGCACAAUCGUCGGACCUUUUUUCGGAGGAUUAUUCAAAAUGUUCAUAAUGCUGUACAAGACGGAAACAGCUAAGGCAUUAAUGGAUGAAAUUGAUAAGGACUAUCAAAAAUUUUGCAAACUGCCGAAACAUUAUACAAAAAUUAUAGAUAUCAGGAUAGCUGAUAAUAUAUUCUACAGCGAGAAAUGCUGGGUGCUCACUGUGGUCACAUGCACCAUGGUAUUCCCGGGGACCGCUGUCGUAUCCACCAUGUACAACUGCCUAUUCUCCGACUGCCAUAAAGUUAUGAUACAUCACGUAGAAAUCCCAUACACGGAACCGGAAACGAGCUACCAAUCGCCGGUGUAUGAAUUAAUGUUCAUAUACAUGUUAUAUGUGUGUGCCCUAUUCAUUAUAACGUUCGUCGGCCUCGACGGUUUCUUUGGUCUGUGCGUCAAUCAUGCCUGUCUGAAAAUGGAGUUGUAUUGUAAGGCUGUCGAGGAGGCGUUGGGUGGCGACGACGAAGUGCUGAUGAGGAACGCUCUCGUUGAAGUUAUACGGGAACAGAACAGAACAGCGAGAUAUACUGAAUUGAUACAGGAAACUUUUAACAUCUGGCUGGGCAUCAUAUUGCUGGCUACGAUGAUACAGAUAGGAACCUGUAUGUUCAAAUUAAUAGAGGGCGGUGACAUGGACUUCAAAUACAUUGUAUUCACUAUAGGCAUCAUAAUUCAUAUUUAUCUGCCUUGUAGUUACUCGGCUAAGCUGAAGGAUAUGUCUACAUCUACAGCGACCCUGAUCUACUGUGCUGGCUGGGAGAGCGUACCCUCAAAGACCAUACGAAGGAUGACACAGUUCAUGAUAGCCCGGGCGCAGAUACCCACAGAAAUAACCGCUAUAAACAUAUUAAUAUUCGACAUGAGUCUCUUUGUCAGGAUAAUGAAUUCCUCAUAUUCGAUGUACACUUUACUGAGAUCUUAAUUUAGAACGCAACGUUUGUAUAUCAUAUAUAAUUACUUCUUAUAACUGCACCGACUUUUUUCCUUAUAUUUAAUAAUUAUGAUAAAUUAAAUAAUAUUUAUAACUAUAAC